GGGCUCAGUGUGAACGCUCUGCUCGAAUCCAGGAUGAAGCUGUAUCUCCAGUCUGUGUGUCCGCUCGCCUUCCUGAGCCUCUGCUGUGUGCUCAUCACAGUGAGAGAGUCAGACAGCACGUUCGUCCCUGGGAGAUGUCUGUGUCCAGAAACGCAAAACGGAGUCAGGGGGCAGCUGAAAGAUCUCAGUGUGUACCAGAUGAGCGCCAGCUGUAAUAGAAUCACAGUGAUAGUGACACUGAAGAGCAACAAUGAGACGAGGUGUCUGAAUCCAGACUCUCCGGUCGGCAAACAGCUGGUCCGCUGCUGGAACAGAUCUCAGAAGUUGGGAAGGGAUGCAAAACUGUGCCUGAAGAGGAGAAGAAAAGGAAGAGGAGGUCAGCACCAGAGGAGUCGACAGAGGAGCCGAGGUCUUGGCAGGAAAUCCUCAUCCUCUAACUCUCAGUAGUCGACCCGCC